GACGUAAUUAUCGAAAGGGCGUAUUAUGAAAGCUACAAAAUUAAAGUAAGUAAAAUUUUUAGUAGCUUUCAUAAUUCCUGAUGAUGACUCAACAGUAGUCGAAACGUUGAAUUAAAAAUAUGUAUUUUUUCGGAGUUUCCAUUGUAUAGGAAAAAAGCUAAGAAAAGAAAGAAAAGUAAGAGAGGAAAGGAAAAUGGUUUUUGAAAAAAGGAAGUUUUGUUCCCUUUCAAUUGAACCGGAAGUGUUUAGUUAAAAAUUAACCAAAUUAAGACGAAUGAUCUAUAUGUAAAACUCAAAAUUUGGUUCACAAAUCUUGAAAUCUCAAAUCUGCCACAUAAGAUCGCUUUGAUAACGAAAUGACUUUGCUAAGGAAAGAGUAAAUAGAACGGAUUUGUGCAGCUAAACAAACAUAUUUAAUACUCAACUCACGAUAUUUGAAAAGGUCACGAAAUGGAAGCCGAAGCCAUUGAAUACGAAGAAGACUUACAUCAAGAUGCCGAUGCAGUUGAUGUCAGAAAGAUCAUUUGUGAAGAUCAAGAUAGACCUGUGUUUACAGCUGGCUUCGCAAUAACAUUAAGCUGUGUUGUAUAUUUAAAGAAAGCUGUAGGAAAUCCACAAAUACACUUAGAAGUCAAGGGAAAAGUGCGUGUACAAUAUGAAGGUCGAAUUCUUGACGAUUCAUCGCAUUCAACUAGCGGCCUUCGAAAGUCGAAACGUCGUAAAGUAAGAGAGAAAAUGAUUUUUAUCCUGCCUGUUGUUUUAUCCCCAGGUUAGUAUGCUCUUUACAUUUGUGUUUUUAUCGGUUUGAUAUAGCUGUUUAUAUAAUGAACUGUUUAAUUUAAACUAUAAAAUAACUUCAUACACAGUGGCUAAAAUUAUUUAUAUUAGCAAUCAUUAUUUGUUUUCCUUUUUUCUUCAUAUUAAAUUAAAUCAACAAAGGUUUUCAGUCAUGCUUGCUGUGCUAGUUUCUGCUAUUUUUACUCCAGUGAGUGUCGUGCAUUUUGUGUUUUGUGUUCCAGCCUUCAAGCUGAUUAGAAUUACUGGCGGGGGCGUUUGGUGCGUGGCGUUUUUAACUGAUAAUUUGUUACUUUAUGUAGAAUUUGAUACAUUGGUUUGGACGAAUUCGGCGCCCGUUCAUGUUUAUUCGACUUGAACUUGCACUAAGAAUUCUUGUCAUGUUGGUGGGUUAAGAAACAGGAUGUGUGUCACACUCAGACAAAUAUUUGGCAUUUUUGCGUGUCAUAUCCUAAUUAUCUACUUGAUCUCUGUUACGUGGGUGACAUUUUAAUAUACCUAAAAUGAAAAAUCAUAAUCAGAUUAAUACCAGAUUCACAGCCCACAAAUACAGGGACAUAGCAAUACAAGGUGUCAUAAUUACAAUUUUUCAAAUUUCAGAAUAGCAGUAUUUUUUCUCACUAGUUUGGAAUUUUAUAUAAAUAUAAUUACACAUAUCCAAGAAGUUCUAGAGGAGCUCCCGGCCUCAAAUUCCCCUGAUGAAAUAUAUCCUAUGAUGUUUAAGUUUAGCACCUGCAGUCUACAGAUCAUGCAUUGCACCCCCACUUAGGACAGUACAAUAACCAGCUAGACCUGUAUGGAAACAAUGAAAAGACAAUCCACUCCUGUUGGUUCCUACAACAGGUCAAAAAUAGGACAACUGCACCUCUCUAUAGGAGCACACAACAGUGCUUAGUUAUAUGUACUGUACUGUUAAACAAUGGCUCUGUCCUUGACAAAGAUCUCUGAAGGGUAAAACAGACUUUGAUUAUACUGUAUGAGUGAAAAUUGAACAGACUAACUGAACAGUAAAAAGUUUAACACUCACUGAUGAACAUGAGAGAUUCUAUGAAAAAAUUGUAUAUUGUCUGUAUUAUACACAAAAUUAUUGGGCAUCCCAAUUCAUGGCUCUCUUUAAUUCCAAGGAAUAGUAUUGCUUGGUUCAAUGUUAAAUCCAUUUCUAUCAACAUUCCAGCCUAAUAACUACUAUAUGUCCUCCACUGCCACUACUGCUACCUUUCACACAUCUGAUUGGUUAAUCAGGAAGAUUAAGCACAUCUGAUAAAAUUGGUUAAUGCUCUUUCGACAGUAACGUUACUACUUUUCAUUCAGAUGCUGGUAUAUCGACUAUAUUAUGGAUGUUUGGUUUUGAUGUCCGCCCAUCUGCACUGAACCUAAUAUAAAAUAUUGGCCAAAAGUUCAUAGAACAACUGAACGUUUGCACUAGUUUUGCCCUAAAUUUAUUUUGUUAUAUUUUAUAAGUGUGGAAACUCUCCCCGCAUCCCCUGUUCAAUGUUGUUUCAGUUACAGUAUUGUUGUGCCAGAUCUCCAGCUAUAGUUACGUGAAACAACAUUGAAUGGGGGGAGGAUGGAUGAUGUGAUAUAUAAGGUUUUUGGCCAAGAUUGUAGCUAUUAAUCUGAUUUCCAAUCAUAUCAGGAUACAAUGCAAUAAACAGUAUUUUAGACAAACAUGAUAAAUUUCGUUCAAGGCUUUCGUAGAAAGCUUCGGAUUGAUAGGGAUGCAACUACCUGAAAAUACAAGAAGAACUUCAACGUUUCCCUUUGACUUACAGAAUUUUCAAUCUUGUGGUCUUUGGUUAAUUGACAUUUGCUACUACUACUGGUAAAUAAAAAAAGCCUUCUGUUGUUCUCGCCUAUUAUUAUAUCCGUAUGUCACAGAAAUAUUGGUAUCGAUGUCGAAGAAAAGCAAAUAUAUCAAACCAGUAUCGCAUCAAAUUUAAAAAGUGGAUAUCGCCCAUCCAAUGUAGUAGAAUCUAAAUCAAAUGUGCUAUUUCUAUAAUCCCAGUGACUGAGUGACCUACUGCCUACUGCUCUAUAGACUGAGCAUCUUUUUUUGUUAUGAUUUAGAUAUAAAAUGCAGUUUCGGAAAUUUGCGGGCAGAUGAGGGUUUUCAUCACACACACUUCAUCACACUUUUUGAUCACACUUUUCCAGUGAAGUUCUUAACAGUGUUGUAGUUUUGUACCAAAUUGUUCAAAUUUCCUGGUUAGAUAUUGAUUUUAAAUUGCUGCAGACAAAAGGAUUAAAAUGUUUGAAUAUUCAUGUAUUUUUUAGCAUUCCUAGAAGCUGGAGAACAUGUCGUGCCAAUAACCUUCGACCUACCGUAUAAUUUACGAACUUCAUUUGAAAGUCCAAUGGGCUCAGUUCGUUACUGGAUUCAACCAAAUACUACAUAUCAUUCUGUUGCAACUGCAGAUGCUUUUUAUUUUGAUGUAAAUGGCCUUAACUGUUUCAUCCAAAGAGGAAUACCUCGAGAAAAAACUUAUGCAGAAAGCGUUAGAGGAAUGUUUUUCUCUAAAAGUCCAGUGGAAAUUAUUUGUUCGGUCGAGUGGGAAGGUUGUGAGAUUGGGGAGUCUGUUCCAGUUACUGUCAAGGUAAGUUAUUGUAUUGCUAUCAGGAAAUGGGACUGCUAGUAGAUCAGAAGCCUUGGAACACACUCAGAAACUGUGACAUUAGGAUACACACUACAACUAAAAAUGAAAUUUCGGUAUUGUCGUAAUCAUUGAUCGGGUUGGUGCAUUUCCAAAAGGUACUUUCAAUUGGUAUCAACAACAAUGAUAUCAAAGUUUUGUUCCGCGUAGCAUUCCUCUUUCUCUCUCGUCAAAAUUACAGUAGACAACCUAUGUUGGAUAGUAGAAAAGAUUAGAAAAGAAUGGAAUCUGUGCAUUUAUGCAGAUUAUAAUCAAAUUUUUGGCACACGAAGAGCAUCAGCAUUAUGAUGUUUUCAUGAUAUUUUCAAAAGUAAUCAGUCAAUAUCUAUGUUCAUCAUAAUCCAUAAAUGACACCAUAUUAUCUUUGGCACUAUAGUCUCUAUUCUGUGUCUUCGCUAGGAACUUCUUGCCCUAGGAACAAAGGUUGAAUUGCCAACUUGACUUUGGCAGCUUCAACUUGACUUUGGCACCGAGCUUCUCAUACCAAUGCAAGUUCUAGUAAAUAAAUCUGCUUUCCUCUUUCGGAAAGGGAUAUAGCCAAUGUGGGGAAUUUGUUACACAUUGCGUUAUAAGCAAUCAAUGACAAUGCAUGUAGGUACUACACUGAUCAAGUAUCAUGCUUGAUGAAAAAACGUCGAUGUAAUUAUAUUGUACAAAUAAAUUUUAAAUGUAUAUUUUCCAGGUUCAUUCAUCUCAUAAAAAGAUCAAGUAUGUGAACAUAGAUUUAUGUCGGGAAGUGAGCAAUUUCUUAGGAGACCCGAGGAUAAUGGUCGUAUCAUCAGCCAAAGUGAAACUGAACUCUGUCUUUAAGACAUUGAAAUCUUGGAAAGGAAAUUUUGUCAUUCCUGAUGAUCUGCGACCUGAAGCGUUUCAAAUAAAAGGGUUUUUUAGCGUCGCCUAUCACCUUAAGGUGAGUAUUACAGCGUUUUACUUUGUCUUUGUUUAUGCAUGAUGGCCGAACUCUGUUCAACAAUGUACUGUUCCAAAGAUACCUAUUUUGUUUGAGAUCUGAACGCGUUUAGGAAUGCGUCACGCGAAGCCUUACAAAUGGAUAAAAAUUAAAUACUGCGUUUAAAUACACGACACAACACGGAUUAUGGUAAAGUGGGUAAUGUGGUUGGGAUAAUGUUAUUAAAUUAAAUUAAUACAUAUCUCAAUACGCAUCUGUCAAGCGUACUUUGAGCAUGAUGAAUUAUAAAGUGCGAAGAAUAUGGUCGGUGUCAGAAUCGUUUAGAACACGUAUGCACCUCUCUAUCCCCAAGACCCUGCCCCUCGUCUCCGUCCUCAUCACCAUGUUCUCUACUAUAUACUAUCCACACAAAACUACCCUGUCAAAUUUUCAUUGUCCAACUUACCUUCUGUGAGACUGUGCCUGUGGCUAUACUCGCUCGAAUUCGGCAAAGUUGUGACCGCAGAAUUAAUGGCGGGAAUUUGACUUCAUAAACAAAAAACCUGUAAUACAAUUAACAACUUGCUGCUAAUCUCAACAAUCCGUUUUAAACUUCGAGUUCUGUGAACAUUAAUGACGGUAUAGUCGUGUAUCCUUACUUCCCGUCAAACGUUUUAAAGGCAUCUGCGGUGCAGGCUAGAAAGCCAAUACACGAAAAGUUGUACUUGUAUUUUGAAACCCUCAGUCCGGUAUUUCCUGCCGUACUAAAGCCUCAACCGUUCUGCGAGACACAAAAUGUGAACAGAAGUGAAAGUUUUGGCCGAAAAAUCAAGAGUAUUAUAUAAACACAAAUCAGUAUGGAAAUUUGAAAUUGUAUUUUAAAAGUAUUAUGUUGACUUUAUCUUUUACUUUUGUAUAGUUUACAGCACUGACAACAUUCAGUAACAACUUCAGUGUGUCAAUUCCUAUCAAAAUUGGAAACAAGUUACCAUCAAUGGAGAAUUUGGCGAUAGAUAAAAGUAAAUGGAAAGAACUUGAAGAAUUUUACGAACAGACUGGUUUGAAGGGAUACACCAGUAUAAUGAGUAAGUCAAGCUCAAGACAAGUAGUUAACUGUAAUCUUAACUGUAUUUUUCGGGGUGUUUCGAAAACGAAGACCCACAAAAACGUAAUUUCGUAAUUACGAAAACAAAGACCCCCUGGCAAAGUCCCGUCUUCGUUUUCGUACAACGAAAUCAAAGACCAUAAAAAUUUUAUUUUUUACAUUGUUUUCGGGAUAAAAAUAAGCGCGAAAAUUUUCCGAUAAUAAAAGACGCAUGCAUGGUAUGCUUUCAUGAAUGAAGAUAUUUCGUCUCCGCAAUUUGGUAUGAGUAAACUGAAGAGCCUUAUCGCUAGGCCCCAUGCAAGGCCAAGUUCAUAGUAGUUCUUAAUUGCCAGGAAUGUCCAAUUAUAGGCAAUAAAAAUUAAGAUGUACACGUCCAGCUUUAAACUGAUCAAGCUUGAUCAAGUAACAUAUAAGACUAGCAGUAGUAAGAAAUAAUUUGAAAUCUAUUGAAAUCUCUAUGGCUGCGGGGACUGAUAUGAUUCCCAGGGCAGGGAAAUUUUUCAAUUUGCUUUUUCAUUUUUCUUAUUGAAAAUGUGUUAUAGUGUCAAACUGAAUUUUCAGUUUCUUCAUGAAACAUUUCGAGAAACAAUUCAUCUCAUAUUGGAAUGACAGGUCCACGGCCAUCUCGCACGGGAUGAUGGUGACUCGAUCAUUUUCCAUGUUGUGCUUAACUGUCAUGAAAAAGUCCAUAAGGGGCGGACCAUUAGAAAUCCCGCGAGGGGGAGUAUAAAAUUUUUGCGGCACGAACUUUUUUCAGUCUCAUGUCUCUGCAGGAUUUUUUUUGUGCAUUUAACCUCUGCAAGAAUUUUUUUUCAAGACUAUUUGCAUUUUGCUUGCACGGUUUUUUUUUCUCUGACGUAAUGGCUGCGCGAAUUUUUUUCCUGGCAUUUUUCUUUGCACAAAUUUUUUUGGGGGAAUUUUCACCCCCACCCCCCCUCCCGGGAUUUCUAAUGGUCCGCCCCUAAAUGAUGAAUAUUUCUGCAUGUAAGCUCUAGUCAAUACCGGGCGCUGCAUCUCUGAUAAUGGACAUAAUGCAAUGCAAUGCAAACAAACAUAUUUUAUUCAUUUUUGGCAGGUCUUGAUGAACUGUUUGCGCCUUCGUUAGAAGAUAUUUCCAAUGGUAUGAUGAAACCGAAAACUGAAACUCAAGUAUGAAAUCACUUCUUCACUGCUGGUGGUGAAGAGUUACAGAAGACUGGCAAGCAACACGAGUGAUUGCGAAGACCAUUGCACCUGAAAAUGUGUGGAACAUCUCGUGUGUGCUGUACAGCAGUUUACAGCUGUACAUUAUGUGAAAGGUUUAUACUACACGCGUAAAAAUCAUCAUGUUGAUGCAAGUUGUUCAAAACAGGAGCGAACAAUGUUGUGCUGCACCCCGUGAACAAUAUUGUUAACAAGUUGUUGAACCAUCAAUAUUGUUGCAACUUGUUGACAAUCAUGUUAACAACUUGCAACAGUACUGAUGGUUGAACAACUUGUUAACAAUAUUGUUCACGGGGUGCAGCACAACAUUGUUCGCUACUGUUUGAACAACGCCGAACAACCUGAUCAAUUUUUACCCGUGUAUUAUAGAAAUACACCCUUCCGGAAAGUACGUCACUUUGGCUAUAGAGCCUCGUUUUCGUGUGUCUGACAUCAGUUCAAACCCACGUCUUAAUAACGAAAACGAAGUGACAUACUUUCAACUCUAAGCUAAGAUGACAUACUUUCCGGAAGCGUGUAUUAUCAGAAUGCCAGUACUCAGAGAAAGCUAACAAGAACUAUGUUCAUAGAAAUAUAAAAUAGCUUAGUAUCAGACAUGCUGAUAACUAAUAACUAAAUGAUAGCAUAGUAGACAAUAGAUCAUAAUGAUCAAACUUUAAAUUUUAAACAAGGAAACCACCUUGGUGGUUUUAGUAUGUAAUAUUUUAGCAGAAGUAACUAUCAACUACAGUAUUUAGUGUUUUAAUGUUCCUUGUUUUACCAUGUAAAUAUAAUACAAUUCAAUAUAGUUUAAGUGAAAUAAAGCAGUUUUAACAAUGAACCUUUAAAAUUUUAUCCUAACGGGUCCUGGUAUCUAGAUAUAUUUUGUACACUAAAUAAAUUCUAAAUGCACUACAUCUUUAUUGCCUUAAAAAAUCAUUAAUAAUUCACGAAGAGACAAACAAAAUCGCUGCCGUGUCGGUGGUUUUAUACGUGACAAAAAUUCAUGUUAAUUUACAUAAACUUUAGCUUUGAUUUUCUCGGCUUAGACAAUGCUUAUUUUAUUCGUAAGAUGGGUCGUGCUUUGAGAUGGACUUGUAGUCGUGCUUUAUCAGAUAUAAAACACUCGUGCCGCAGCUCGUGUUUAUAUCUGAUAAAGCACUCCUACACGCGUGUUUUAAAUAAUACUUAAAGCUAAGCCAUUAUGCAUUAACGUUGUCCUCUAUACAGAUACCCAUGUGUGAUGUGUCUGGCAUGAUUGCACUAGCACAUUAUUAUUAUUAUUAUUAUUAUUAUUACGCUUUCCUUCAAACUUUUAGCUCUUGGCCGCAAUGAAGAAUUUCGACACAAAUAAAUUAUGCAAAGUAACUAUAAAUACUGACAAACACUUUUAGGAUCUUGGUUUUAGAAGAAGCUUCACGAUUUCCGAGCUUAUAGCGAUAAAGUAAACUAUGUUUUCGAGGGGGCCAAAUUUCCGAAGGGGGGCAUAUUUCCUAGGAAAUAUGGCCCCAGGGGGCGAAAUUUCCU